GACUGCAAUUGCAUAUCGGUUGGCACAGUUUUGCGCGAUCGUUCAUCUUGACAAGACCGAUUCUUUUUAACGCUGCUCGGUAAACGGUUGGGUGUACCGCCAAAUCGACAACACUCGCCGUCUUGGGCGUGUUUGUUGUGUGCUUCAGUUAUUUCUGUGAAAAAAAGUAAAGCAAAGUCCAAUUCGCAGAAUUCACACGAAAAACUGCAUUGCAAUUAGAAAAUUUAGAUAAAUGGCUGAAAAUAAAUUUCCAUUGAAAAUUUUUAUAUAAAAUGUUGCACGGUUCGAGGAAAGUGGGCACCUGUGACACGGAGCCCGAGAAGGUUCACGUACAAAUACAGCAUAUCUCACAGUGGCUAAAGGAGAAUCCUAAUGUGAAUGCAAUUAGUGACUACGAGAAUUUACUUUUCUUUCUACGUAGCUGCAAAUUUGAUAUUGAGCGAACAAAGAAAAAAAUCAAGAUUUUCUACCAAAUGCGGGCGGAACGUGUCGAAUGGUUUGCCAACAGAGAUCCAUUUUUACCAGAAAUACAGGCACUGCUGAAGUUGGGCGUCUUUUUGCCCGUCGAUGGUGUGGAUUCAAAGAAUCGUAAGGUGGUGAUAAUACGCGCAGCCGUGCAUGAUCCCAAACAACAUUCCCAGAAUAACGUUUUUAAGGUUAGUAAAAUGGUCUUAGAUUUACUGCUCAAAUUCGAGCCAGACAAUUGUGGUCGUGGUAUUGUGGCUAUUUUCGACAUGGCUGGUGUACAGCUAGGACAUGCGCUGCAAUUGAAUCCACGGAUGAUAAAACAUUCCGUAGAGAGUUGGCAAGCUUACCCAUGCCAACCGAAGUUAUUGGAGUUCAUAAACGCGCCGACACAUGUGAAUAUCUUCUUGAACACUUUCAGAUUAUUUAUGACACCAAAGAUGCGAUCCCGCGUUGUUGUACAAAAACGUCUAACUACAGUGGAAUGUGAUGAAUUACCGAAAGAUUUAGGUGGCAACGGACCGAGUUACAAGGAACUUGGUAUCAAAUGGAAGCAACUCGUGGAGGAUAAUGUUGAUUUCUAUCAGGAAUAUGACAAGCACAAAAGUAUAUUGGCAACAUGAAGAUGCUCAACGAAUCCAUGAAUGGAUAUUAUACCAAUUAAGUAGAUUAUAUAUAUAUAUGUAUGUAUAUGGGUAUCCGAUAAGCUAUAGAUUAAUUACAUAAA